AUGGGUCGGGGAUAGUGCUCUGAAGGCUAAAUACGGUAGGUUGUUUUGCUUGUCAUUAGAUAAGGACGCUUUAAUUUCUGAUAUGGUUGUGUGGAGGAAUGGGGAAUGGUGUUGGGAAUGGAAGUGGAGAAGUUUAUUUGUAUGGGAAACCAACCCUUUGCAGGAGCUACAAAAUGAUUUACAAGGGACAAGGCUUAAGCAAAGGCAGCAGGAUAAAUGGCCAUGGAAAUUUGGACCAGAUAACACAUACACAGCAAGCUCGGCAGCAGAAAGUGUGAAGCAUCUACUGUUUGUAUGCAAAUCUUCGUGGUUGCUUUGGACUCUGUGCUAUAGCUCGUGGGACAUUGAAGUGGCAGUACAGAAUGUAGGCUGGAACCAUCUCUUACAGCACACUGGAAUCUUUGCCAGGGGACAAGUCAAGAGGAAGCAUGGAUUGUUGUCUGGUUUGCAACGGUGUGGUCAUUAUGAUAGCAAUGGUACAACCCACAAAGUUCUCCUCUUUCCAGUUGCCUUAAAGUUCAAAAAUUUUGAAGUGGAAUUGCACCAAUACAAAACCAACACCUCCCGUGAAUCAAACAGUGUCAAGAAUCACUUCAGCUAUUUAAGCUUUGCUUUGAAUCAAAACCUUGCACAAUCUCCACACCUGAAAGGGGUUUCCAUGGGGACAUUUGUAGGACACUUGGUUCCGGGUCUGGUACUUACCGUCCUUGGCCUAUGGCACACUGUUAACACUGUAAGAGCCUACUGCCUCAAAGGCUCUUCAAAAUUUACAGCAAGGUUUUGGUACCCUUUCCAUUGUCGUGUUUGUGUGCUUAAACAUCUGGAGCUCAUUAUCAUCCUGUCCUUUUCCCUCUUUGCAAUCUUCAUGCAAGUUUUUGACUUGCCUUUCCUUCGCUUUGCUUUCAAGCUCGAUGGUUUUGAGCACGCUGCUAUUUUUCUUCAUCUUGGCAUAUUUGCAGGCUUCACUCUUGCUGCUGAAUUAACUAAUUCAUCCGGGAUUCUAUGUGGGGUAUCAGGUAUCCUUGCCACAUCUGUUUUCAGUCAGGAGCUUUUCUUGCUUCAUUUCCACUCAGCUGAUCAUGUUGGACUGGAAGGCCAUUACCAUUGGCUGCUUCAGCUCAUAGUGGUUGUUUCUCUCAUAGGUGCCAUAGCAGCAACUUGUUUCCCAACCAGCUUUUCUGCUGCUCUUGUUCUUCCAAUUUCGGUUGUGUUCCAGGGUUGCUGGUUUAUGAACAUGGGGUUCAUGUUAUGGGUUCCCAAGUUUGUUCCAGAGGGAUGUUUUACACAAUUAGAUGAAGGCAGCAGCAGCAUCCAUGGAGCAGUCACCUGUGAGUCAGCUGAGGCAGAUUUGAGUGCCAAGGCACUGGCAAACUUGCAAUUCAGUUGGAUACUUGCUGCAAUCUUGAUGUUCACGGGAUUUGCAUGCCUGAAAUUUGCUGGAAAAUGCACUUCUGGUGGACAGUCGACUGAGUAUGAGCAACUUCACGUUAGAAGUGCAGAUGUUGCUAUAAAUGUUGAUAGACUCAAGAGUGCUGAUCCUUGAAUUACUUUGGAUUAUCUGGUUCUUGGUAUUACAAAGCUGGCAUACAUAAGAUGCCCUUGUAUUAAAUAUUCAAAUGUUCUUCAGGAUUGUGGGUCAUCCCAAGUGAAUCAAAAUCUUAAGGCAGUAAUACUGAAUUAUGAAUAGUUUUGGGAACAAUUUUAGUUCAGAAAUCAAUCAUUUCUUAUUUG